AUGGCGUCGGACAGCGACGAAGAUCUCCUCUCGCUCCGGCGCGCAGCGCGAGAGAUGCUGGACAUGGCACGCCUUAAGCGCCUUCACCUUCAUGGGGAUUGGGAGAGGGCGUCAAGGCUGCGACUCCAAGGGCUUUCGCUGCUUUAUGAUGCUUCUCGGCGGUUCUCCAUUCCCCGCGUUCGAUUUGACAUAGAAGAUUUCACGGAUGACACAUGCCUAACUUUCUACCGUUUUACCCACGCGCAAUUGCACCGACUACAAGAUUGCUUUGGACUGCCGGACGUCAUCCGCACGGGAUCACAUUCACGAACCUGCUGCAGUGGCCUCGAGGGGCUGUGGAGUAUAAGCGAGAGGUGCAACGCAUUGUUAGAGGGGAAUUUGGAUUUAGCUAGUUCGCGGCUACACGAAUUUGCUCAAGCGAUCUAUGACCAAGGAGGCGAGCUGGACCGUGUGUGGGGCUUUGUCGACGGGAUUGUGCGGGGAAUUUGUCGGCCAGCUGGAGCACAUGCGCAGCGCAGUGUGUAUAAUGGCCACAAGAGGAAGCACGCUUUAAAGUUCCAGACCGUCGUCACUCCAGACGGCAUGAUAUUCCAUCUCUUCGGUCCGGUGGAAGGCUGCCGUCACGAUAUCGUGCUGCUGCGAAAGCCGGAGCUUGGUAAUCGCAUCAGAGGUGACGAACGCUUUCGUGGCCUUUUCAUAUACGGGGACCAAGCUUAUGGGCGCACGGAUGUUUUUGUCUCGCCCUUCAAAGGGGCGUUGACUCCAGCUCAAGCAGUAAUCAAUUCUUCCAUGCCGGAGGUGAGGACGACGGUGGAGUGGAGCUACGGACAGGUGGUCAAUUAUUGGGGUGGGGUGGACUUUAAACGCAAAAAAAUGUGUCUUGGUGGAGUUCCAGUUGCGACGUUGUACAAGAUAGCGGUGGUGCUAACAAAUUGCAUAACGAUUGUUCGAGGCGGCAACAACAACAGCAGAUAUUUUGGCGUGGAACCCCCUUCACUACAGGAGUAUUUUACGAUUGAGUAG